AAAUCGGAGCCCGGAGCGCUGGGCUCCUCGGCCGCAUCCUACAGCUCCUUAGGCUUGAACAGCGUCCCCGGGAGCAUCUGGGACUUUGUUUCCGGCAGCUUCUCUCCCAGCCCGUCCCCCAUCCUGAACACCGGCCCUGCCCCCUCCUCGAGCGCGAGUCCGAACGGCACGGAGCUGGCCCUCGUCCGUCGGCAGCUGGACGAGGCCAAGAGGAAGAUCCGGCAGUGGGAGGAGUCCUGGCAGCAGGUGAAGCAGGCCUGUGACGCGUGGCAGCGGGAGGCGAAGGAGGCCAAGGAGCGGGCGCUGGCGGCAGACAGCGCGCGGCAGCUGGCGCUGCGGAAGAAGGAGGAGGUGGAGGCCCAGUUCCGGCGGCUGCAGGAGGAGCUGGAGGGCCGGGGCCUGUGCUCGGCGCUGGCGGGCCUGCAGCGCUGCGCCGACCUGGGCGCCAUCCCUCUCCCCAAGCUGCACUCCCUGCAGAGCCGGCUGCGCCUGGACUUGGAAGCCGUGGACGGGGUGAUCUUCCAGCUGCGAGCCAAGCAGUGCGCCGUGUGCCGGGAGCGGGCCCGCGGCGGUGUCCUGCAGCCUUGCCAGCACCGCGUGCUCUGCGAGCCGUGCGCCGUGGGCGCGCCCCCCUGCCCCUACUGCGACGGCCAGCCCCUCCCGUGGUGACCGCUCCGGUGCCCCCACCCCAGGCUCCGGCAUCCUCUCUCCAACCUCACGGGCGCAGCCCGGGAGCCCGCCCGGGCGGCCCCACGGGCUCGGCGAUGACGCGGGGUUUGCGGGCCUGACGCACUGUGACCCCGCCAAGCACUUUGUAAACCGGGGGCGUUAGACCUUCUAAGUUGCUAUAAGCUGCUUUCUAGGUUGGUGUUUUUUUAAUAUGCGAUAAUAUGAAGCUUUAUAUGUGUACUGUGAACUGACAACAUUUCCUAUCAGUUUAUUGUUAAUUCAUGGUAUGGUAAAGAUCUUAGAUUUCCUAUUCUGAAAUUAGUACUUAUGAAAUGAGCGUUUAUCUAGUAGUGAGAAAUGCCUAGGAUUUUUUAUAGUUUUCAAAUUAAGUGCAAAUAGUAUUUAUAGCAGUGAUACUGAAAGAUCUAGAGGUUUUUAAUUUUGUGAAAGGGACUCCUGAUUGCGAGCACACGCACAUUAACUGGAGUUUUAUAUUCCAGGACCAGGCAGUGGGGCCGAGCCGAUCGUGCUCCGUGACCCGCGGCCGCUUUUCUAAGUGCCUGAGCCUCGCGCGCGGGCAGAGGCGGCCCCUCCCUCGGGUGGGUUUGUGCCUCUGGGGGAAGCGCGGCCCGGGCUGGCGGCGGAGGCUCCCACGUUAAUCCCACAAAGCCGUGCCUGACUGAGUCUGUGCAGCCUCACGAGCAUGCCGUCCAGCUCCCACGUGGCCAGCCUGAGGCCAGACUUGCCCACGGCCGCUCCCUGCGGCCCGACGGAUGCCAGCUUGCAAGGGAGAGGCUCCCAGGCUGCGGGGUAGCCCGGGGACUAGCGGAGUCACUCGGGCGACCCCAGGCUUGCGGAGAGCGCCCAGCCACCUGGCCAUGGCAGAAACGUUCCUGAGAACAGGUUUGGUUUUGGUGAUGACUUGAGUGUUCUCUGGUCUGCAUUGGGUCAUUUUUCCUAGAAAUCUGGGGAGACGCAGAGGAUGUCUGUAGUUUAGCCAGACUGUUCUCCGUGUGGCAGCUGCUGGUGGCCGCGGCAAGAGCUCCCCCAAGCCCGCAACUGGGGGCGGGAACAGGUGCUGCCCCUGUGGCCAGGAAGCGUCGGCCCCCGUGGCUUUGCCAAAGACUUUUAAUAGCAUUUUGUAAAGUGCAAAGUGGCUCGGUAAAAAUUUUUAUCAGUAACCAAAUAUUUAAGAGGUUGAAAACCUUUGUUGACGUAAGACGCACCGAUAGUUCUGCCGUUUGAGAGGUGGGUCCAUGAUGUUCUGCAGGUGGUCCGCGACGAAAGGUGACUAUUGACUUGGUUUUAGUGAAUCUACUUUGUUUUUAAUGAUAGCGAUGAUUUAUUAGCUCUUAGACAUGACGUAUAUUUUGUGCUACUGUUAUCACCGUUUAAAAUUAUUUUUAUUAAUAUUUAUGCACUUAUUUCCCAUUUCAGGCCUUUGGUCUUUUGGGAAAUGGGACAAUGUUGAUUAUCAAUGCCUAGCCUAGACAUUUUCAAAUUAUAAACAAACAGCUAAGGACAGUUAAGCUUGAGGUCUGUGCAUAAGCUACUCUGGUCGGGUCUUGCUGUGCAGUGGGAGAGACUGGAGCUGUGGCGUCGCGGGGACCCCCCCCCCCCCCCCCCCC